GUAACACAUAAAAAAAAAAUUUUUUGAGACAAAAAUUGUCAAAAUUUUAAAAAGUAAAUAAAAUGCAUGAAUAGUUUAUUUUGGCCGUUUAUAUAAAUUUUUAAGGAGCAAUCGUGUAAAUUUGUAGACUUCGGAUCUAUUCAUUGUCUUGUUUAGGUCGAAAAAUGUCUGAGCACUUAUGUUUCGGCGAGGAAUACGAUGAUUGCGAUCUGCAGUACACUGAAGAGAGCUCCGAGGCCGAUCCGGUUUUGGAGAACCAGUACUACAACUCCAAAGCUCUGAAAGGAGAGCCGAAUUUGGCUUUGGGAUCUUUUUUAAAAGUUGUCGAGCUCGAGGGCGACAAGAAGACCGAAUGGGGGUUCAAAGCGUUGAAGCAAGUGAUCAAACUUUUGUUCAAGCUCGGCAAAUACGAGGACAUGAUUUCCAAUUACAAGCGGCUUUUGGAGUACAUAAAAACGACGGUGAGCAAGAACCACAGCGAAAAGUCCAUAAACGCAAUUUUGGACUACAUCUCGUCCUCCAACGACAUGGGGUUGUUGCAGAAAUUUUACGAGAUGACCUUGGAAGCUCUGAAAGAGACGAAGAACAACAGGCUGUGGUUCAAGAUCUUCACCAAGUUAGGAAAACUGUACUAUGAAAUGGGCGAGUUCAAAAAGUUGCCUGCAAUAAUAAAGCAAUUGAAACAAGCUUGCCAGAAAGACGACGGGGACGACGAUCCGCAAAGGGGCACGCAACUGAUGGAGAUCCUGGCUUUGGAGAUACAGAUGUAUACGAGUCAGAAGAACACGAAAAAGUUGAAAGCGAUUUACGAGCAGUCGUUGAGGAUCAAGUCCGCGAUCCCGCAUCCGUUGAUAAUGGGCGUGAUCCGAGAAUGCGGCGGUAAGCUGCACCUGUCCGAAGAGCAAUACGAUAAAGCCCGCCACGAUUUCUUCGAAGCUUUCAGGAGUUACGACGAAUCCGGCAGUUCGAGAAGGACGAGCUGUCUCAAGUACCUCGUCCUCGCAAGCAUGCUGAUGAGUUCGGACAUCAACCCUUUCGACUGCUUAGAGGUGAAACCUUAUAAAAACGAUCCGGAGAUCCUCGCCAUGACCAAGCUCGUGUCGGCGUACCAAAACGGAAAUCUGAGCAAAUUCGAGGAAGUCCUCCGUUCGAACAAGGAACACCUGACGGAAGACCCCUUUAUACGGGAUCAUUUGCAACUGCUGACGAAAAACUGCCGUUCCCAGGUUCUGCUCAAGAUCAUCAAGCCUUAUCGCAGACUCAAGAUACCCUAUAUUUCCAAGCAGCUCAACAUCGAGGACGAUGAAGUUGAAAAACUCCUAGUCUCUUGCAUCCUCGACAAGACAAUCAAAGGGAAAAUCGAUCAAGUCAACAAAGUACUCAUCAUGGAAGGAGAAAGAAACCAGCCUGCACGGUAUUCGUCGUUCGACAAAUGGGUCAUACAACUUUUUUCACUUCACGACGGCAUCCUUGGAAACCUUUUCUAGAAAUAAUUUUGAGUAAAUACAUGAGUUAUCUUAAUUGUCAAUCA